CUUCUUUUGUUAAAUACUAGAUUGCUUAUAUACCUGCGGGACUUCAACAGUUUCGAGUGCCCAUCAAUCUGAGCCAUCCAAAUAAGGACGACAUAAAUUGAACGGUCAAGAUUAACGAAUUCCUGAGCCAAGGGUUGCCGGUUCUCGUUAGUUAAUCGAUGGCGGCGGCUCAAGUGAUGAGCUAAUCCCAGCGCUCUCGCGGACGGGUUAGGGUUUGAAACCAUCGGAAAGUGGAAUUUUUGACAAUUAGAUUGGAAUUUUUCUCUGUUUGGAUCUAAAUUUGUACAGAAGGAAGAACCUAUUUUUGUGGUUUUUCUAGGUAAAGGAGUAGUUUUGAUCAUAAAAAGGUUGAAUCUUUGUCAAUUUGAAGCUUGAUUAUGGAUAGCAUGACAACCCUAGGACCAACUUUAGGUUUUGAAAUUCCACAUGAGAGUGAUGUGGAUCCCUUGAUGCCUAUUCAUUCGCAAGAAUCGCAUUUGGAAACGGAGUCACUGUUGGUGUCUGCCCCUCCUGAAUCUUUAGUAGAAGAGCAAGAGAAGGGAAUGGGAGUGGCAAUGGAUUCAGAUACUCAGAUUGCCUCUGUUAGCACUGGUGAUCAUCAGGAGCCAGUUCUUGGCAUGGAAUUUGAUUCCCCUGAGGAGUCCCGAGCAUUCUAUUCGGCUUAUGCUGCGAGAAUUGGCUUUGGGGUGCGCAACAGCAAGUCCUUCACUUCCCGGGUGGAUGACACUGUUAUUAUGCGGCGAUUUGUGUGCUCACGCCAGGGUCGACCUUCUAAAAAGGACCCCUUUGAUCUCAGCAAGAAGCGUCGUAACCGGGUAUCAUCUCGUGAGGGGUGCAAGGCUAUGCUUCAGGUCAACCGCCGUGAGAAUGGCAAAUGGGCUGUGUCAAGAUGUGUUCUUGAGCAUUGCCACCCACUUGGAAUAGCACCUAAAGCAUCACCAUCCUUACAGAAGAAGCUUGCUAAGAAGCCUUGGGAACUCAUUAUGAACAGUGCUAAUGUUGAAUCACAGCAGAAUGGAUUAGGUGCUGGUGGAGGUGUUGCGCAGAGCUUGUUGGAAUAUUUCAAGAAGAUGCAGGCUGACAAUCCUGCCUUUUUUUAUUCUGUUCAAGUCGAUAGGAACAACUGUGUGGCUAAUCUUUUCUGGGCUGAUGCCAGGGCAAGGAUGGCUUACAGCUACUUUGGCGAUGCUGUUGUUUUUGAUAUGACUUGCAAGAGGAAUAAGCGUGUUGUGCCAUUGGCUGCCUUCACUGGUGUAAACCAUCAUAGACAGCUUAUUGUUUUUGGGUGUGCCUUUAUGACGGAUGAGAGUGAAGCUUCAUUCACUUGGUUAUUUGAAACAUGGCUUGCAUUGAUGAGUGGGCGCCGUCCAGUGUCAUUUGUAACUGCAAACAAUGAGGCCAUGGCAGCUGCAUCUUUCAAGGUGUUCCCUACUGUACGCCAUCGAUUUUGCAAGCGUGACAUCUUUCACAAAUGCAAGGAGAAGCUAGCAACUGUUUAUUCUGCAAAUCCUUCAUUUAAAGGUGAGUUCAAGAAAUGUGUUAAUGAGUCUGAAAGUAUUGAGGAGUUCGAAUCAGGUUGGAAGUUGUUGGUAGGAAAACAUAACCUGGACUUGAACGGGUGGUUGCGAGCAUUAUAUGCUAUUCGUGAAAAAUGGGUUCCAGUUUACUUUAGAAACAUAUUCUUUGCUGAAAUUUCUGCACCUCCAAAGAUUGAAACCAUGCACAAAUUCUUCCUAAGGCAUUCUAUCACAACGACCACAUUGCGAGAUCUUGUUACUCAGUUUGAUAAGGCCAUGGCAGGACAGUAUGAAGGGGAAGUUCAAGCAGAUAUUGCUGGCAGUCACACUAGACCUGUUUUGAAAACUCCGUCACCAUUGGAGAAGCAGGCAUCUGACAUCUACACUAGAGCAAUAUUUGAUUUAUUUCAGGAGGAACUUGUUGAAUCUUCUGGUUUUCUAAUGGAUAAAAUUGAGGAUGGUGUAAUCAGCAAGUUCCGUGUUGCAAGAAUUCAGGAUUCUAGCAGAAUAUACUUGGUCACCUAUAAUUCUUCUGAUAAGAAAAUCUUUUGUAGCUGCUGCAUGUUUGAGUAUUCCGGUAUUCUAUGUCAGCAUAUCUUUAGAGUUUCAUUAGCAGUUGGUCUUGUGACCCUUCCCGAAGAAUAUAUUUUGAGACGGUGGACCAAGAAUGCAAAAAGUAACAUUUUGUCCUACGAACAUUGCGCUAUGGUUCAAAGUAAUUGCAGAAAAGCUUUGUCAUGGCGUUGCAACGAUCUUUGUCGUGAUGCUAUUAGGUUUGCUGAGGAGGGAGCUACAUCUGCAGCAAUAUAUAAAGUUGCAAAAGGAGCACUCCAAAAAGCCUUUUCAGAAGUUUUUGCUGCAAAAAAAGGUCCAUUCUUCAAUGGAGCAAGAUAGUUGGGAAUUUCCAUCUGCAAGGUGUGUAUUAUCCCUUGAAGAUUUUUUUAACUUCAAAUGGAGAUCUAUUCACCCUCAGUGUGCAAUUUGAAAUCCAAAUUCCACAUGGAAAAGGUCCAUUGUGUGAAUUUUGUUCUGUGGAACCUUCAUCGGUUUUGAUUGUAGUCGUGGAAGCUCCAUCCCUGAGUUUUGAGCCUUUGUGGAUGCGGUAUCUGCCGUAUCAAUGUAACAGAAACCAAACCAUCAUAGUUCCGAAAAGACCUUGCCGAUGACAAAUAAAUAAGAUCGAGGCGGGUGCUGAAGAAAAUUACUGGUGAUUCCUAAGCUCACCUGGAAGCUAUACUGGAAAAGGAAAAUAGAGCCUGUGAGUUCAGCAUAUUGUUUGCAGAUUGAUAUCAUGUUUUAUAUGUGCAGGUACAUAAAGCAUGUCUGAGACUGUAAACUGGCAUUCUUUGCAACAAAUGAAUUAAUAGUUGACAUUAAUAAGUGAAAGAUUCCAGGAUUGAAAAUUUGUAGAAUAAUUUCGUUUUGGUUAUUUCACAUAUGCAUGUAAUGACUUAAAAAUGUAUAUUCUCUCAAAUAUUUGAGUUAUGGUAUAGAAAAAG